GAUUCACAGACGCACUGGCUGUCACGUGAAUUUGCAAUGGUGGAAUAGAUCUUGCUCGCUGAGGAGAAGUUGAAGAUUUUUGUCCUCUUUGUCCGUUUUGGUACAGAUUCCGGGAGUGUCGUAAGUGACUGAGAUAUUCCGUCGUGUUACCGGGAAUCGGAAGAAGCUUUCGUCGUUUUGUUUUUCCCGCUGCCAGCGAGAACCAAGCUUAGAAACCACCAUUCAAUUUUAAUUGAAUCCCGUUGACUGCACAAAACAAACCGAACCGAAGAUGUCGGAGUACUGGCUAAUAUCGGCACCGGGUGAUAAGACCUGUCAGCAAACGUUUGAGACAAUGAAUAAUCUGACAAGCAAGCAGAACAAUCUCUGCGAAAACUACAAGUUCCAUAUUCCGGAUUUGAAGGUCGGUACCCUCGAUCAGCUGGUCGGUUUGUCGGACGAUCUGGGAAAGCUGGACGCCUAUGUUGAGCAGUCAACGCGCAAGAUUGCCACCUACCUGGGGGACGUUCUCGAGGAUCAGCGCGACAAGCUGUACGAAAAUCUACAGGCGAACAAUAACGACUUGACCACCUACAUCACCCGGUUCCAGUGGGAUCUGGCCAAGUACCCGACCAAGCAGUCGCUGCGUAACAUUGCGGACAUUAUCUCGAAGCAGGUGGGACAGAUUGAUGCGGAUCUGAAGACGAAGUCCGCCGCGUACAACAAUCUGAAGGGCAAUCUGCAGAAUUUGGAAAAGAAGCAAACGGGAAGUUUACUAACGCGCAAUUUGGCCGAUCUGGUGAAGCGAGAGCAUUUUAUUCUGGACUCCGAAUACUUGACUACUUUACUGGUUAUUGUGCCCAAGCUCAUGAUCAACGAUUGGAAUGCCAACUACGAGAAAAUAACGGACAUGAUCGUGCCCCGUUCGUCGCAGACGAUUGUCUCCGACAAUGACUACGCGCUGUGUACGGUUACGCUGUUCAAGAAGGUGGUCGAUGAGUUUAAGCUGCACGCCCGUGAGCGUAAGUUUGUUGUUCGUGAUUUUACCUAUAACGAGGAGGAGUUGGCCGCCGGCAAAAAUGAAAUCACCAAGCUCGUGACGGACAAGAAGAAACAGUUUGGUCCACUGGUCAGAUGGCUGAAGGUUAACUUUAGCGAGUGCUUCUGCGCUUGGAUACACGUGAAAGCGCUGCGUGUGUUCGUAGAGUCCGUUCUAAGAUACGGACUGCCAGUCAAUUUUCAGGCCAUACUGAUCCAUCCUAACAAGAAGAACACCAAACGUUUACGAGACGUGCUAAACCAACUAUACGGCCAUCUGGACGGAUCGGCGGCCUCUUCGGGAGCAAACGCUGACAACGUCGACAUUCCCGGGCUUGGCUUUGGACAAUCGGAGUACUAUCCGUACGUUUACUACAAACUGCACAUUGACAUGGUCGAGAAUAAAAUUUAAGCUGCAACAGUACUGCUCGCUAUGUUACGUGAGAGUAUCAUCCCGGAUAACACAAACACAAACAACAAACAACAAACCCAAUUAUUUCUGUUCUUGGUUCUGCGCUUGGUCGGAGAGAGCUCAGUGGUGCGUAUACGCAACAACCCGCUGGUAUUAUUAGAAACAAAAAACCCUGGUGGAUAAUAUUACGCUAAAAUCAAAAUCCCAAAUUUUCUACCCUCCCCCAGCCCUCAAACUGUUGACUACUUUCCGUCAUUAUGUUUAACUGUUGAUUAUUUUAUCUGCUAUUGAUUGUGUAAUUUAAGUAGUAUAGCGUCAGUAAGGCAUCCAUAUUUUUUAAGAUGAAAGCCUAUUAUUAUUUUGAUGUGUAGAAAUACGAACCGAAAGAAAAGUUUUUAGGAACCGCCCAACAAUCAAUGUUCGUCUAAUUUUUUGGUUUGUUUCGGCACGUUUGUCUUUUCUUAUAAACAAACGAACUAAUUUAUGGGUCAUAUUCGUGGGUCAUUUGAAAACAAAAGACAAUACCUUGUGCAUCAAAAAACAUGGAUUUUGUUGUUUCUCGUUGGUUGGUUGGCAAAAGGAUCGUCGUUUUCGCUCGCAUAAAUCGCUAGAUGUCUUAGAACAACGGGGUCGUCCUCACCUCAUAAACGUGUUUAGGAUUACGAUUUAUCUCAAUAGGUUUGUUUGGGUUUUGACGACUAACAAGCACACCCAUUGCAUUGCAAGCAGAAAUUAAGGUAGACAAAAAAAACACGUAAAUCGAUAACAGCUGAACAGCAGCGCGUCGUUAAACAGUCAGAAAAUAUAUUACGAAGUAUGUGUGUAUAUUAAAAGAGAACUAUAACUAUAUUUCACUAAACGUUGAAAGCGUUACAGGCUAAACCGAACAACCAUUGAAUUUGUGUAAAUAAAAUUACG